UAAUAAAAAAUUCUAAAUCUGUAUCAUUUUCCCCGUUACUAUGGAAACGAGACAUGCGCUGAUAACCUUAAAAUAGGGGUUGUGCCCCACCCCUUCGCCUUUUUUCAAUAACACGCGAAAUGUGACGAAAUGCAAGAAAAAACUAUGGAAAAUGGAAAUGAUUUUUGUAAUAAAAUAGGUAACCAAUUAGCGGAAUUAGGAAAAUGGAAAGUGUGGCAAAACAUCAUUUUGGGUCAAAUUCUAUCACUUUUAUUGGUCAUUUCCAACACAAUUCUUCAUUACGUUAACACCCCCCCGAUUAAUGUUUUACCAACAGGGCAAAAUUUCCCACAUUACAUGUUUUUGUGUUCGGUUUAUACAAGUUGGUUGGCAUUUCGUAGAGGCGAUCACGGAUUAAUCUCAAUUAUAAAAGCUCGUGGAUGGAGAUAUUUACUUUUAUGUUUAAUUGACGUCCAAGCAAACACUUUAUUAAGUACAGCUCAUCAAUUUACAACAUUAACUUGCGUUCAAUUAUUGGGCUGCGUUGCAAUUCCUGUAGCUUUAGCACUAAGUUGUUUGGUACUUGGAGUAAGAUUCCGAAUGGUACAUAUAAUCGCAGUUUCGAUUUGUCUUAUUGGUGUAGGAGGUUUAGUUUUGGCUAAUAUCGAUGAUAAAAAAAUGGAUGGAAAGAACCAAUUAGUCGGGGAUAUGUUGUGUUUAGGUGGAGCGGUUUUAUUCGCCAUUGUAACUGUUCUUCAAGAAUUAUCGGUUAAAAAUACGGAUGUUGUUGAGUAUUUGGGUUUGUUGGGGUUAUUUGGGAGUGUUGUGAGUGGAAUACAAAUGUUGUUAUUAGAAAAACAAACCAUCUUAAACACAUCUUGGUCUGACGCGAGUGUCUUAUUAGGGACCUUAACGUUGUGUCAAUUUAUUUAUUGCACUCUUUCGUCCAUAUUUUUACUUUACAUGGGUAACACAGCGCUGCAUCUAUCGUUAUUAACCGGAAAUUAUUACACACUCAUGAUAGGAAUGUUGUUAUUUAAUUAUAAAUUACACGCAUUAUAUUUCUUAUCGUUCGUUCUAACAAUGACUGGAGUUUUUAUUUAUUCGAUAAGACAAACACCCAUCGGAUCUCAUUCGAGGAGAUACACCCAAAAUAAUCGCUCUGAAUGUCAAAUUAGAGAGCAUAUAAUAUCGACAAGUCCUGAAAAUACGAGCGAAAUGGUCUCGACGUUUAGCACGAUGAAUAGCGGCGAUACAUUUCCGUUAAGUUUAAGCACAAAUACAACUUUUACGUCGUUUUAUGGGAGCCACGAUGUUCUAAAUAAUAGUUACAUAACCACGACCACAUAAAAGAAUCAAAACGCACUUAAUGAUAACAACUUUUGGACUUUUCUAUAAAUCUAAACGUUUCCUUGCAGCAAUAAAAGUGAUUAUUUAAUAAAUGACUGACUUGAAAUACAAGAAAUUUUUACAUCGAACAUUUCAAUAACAAA